AUGUGGGAGUCGUACCGUGCGGUGGAGGCCGGGUUGGGCCGGGAGGAGAAUUUUCUGUCCCUGGAAGAUGUUCUCAUGUCUCAGGAGAAGCUGCCGUGCCGUCUGGAGAGCGGACUGGCCCGCCUGGGCUUCCUGGACAAAGGAGGGGACACGGAGCACAUUCCCGAGGUCACCCAGGGCAGUAAGAUGGAGCUCCCCCUGUGGCUGGUGAAGGGACUGUACGACAACAAGCGGCGAAUCGUCUCUGUGGAAUUGCCGAAGAUCUACCGAGAGGGCUGGCGCACGGUGUUCAGUGCUGACGCCAAUGUGGUGGACCUCCACAAGAUGGGGCCACAUUACUACAGCUUCGGCUCACAACUCCUCAACUUCGAUAGUCAGAGAACACAGAGAUCGCACAGACGCUGCUACAGACUUUCGUCGGGCGCUUCCGUCGCAUCAUGGACUCCUCCCAGAACGCCUACAAUGAGGACACCUCUGGGUUGGUGGCCAAACUGGAUGAACUUGAGCGUAUGUUAUUUCGGGCUGGACAGAGGGGUCUCAACACUUUUCAGAACUGGGAAAGGGGGCAGGCGGCUCAGAUCACAGCCUCCAGCCUGGUGCAAAGUUACAAGAAGAGAAAGUUCCAUGAGACAGAUACAUGACGCCUCUCCUGAGCCUGCACUGCCUGUUCAUCACUUAGAUCUUCUAUGA